AUGCAGCAGGCACCAUGCCGGCUAUCUCAGACGUUGUGGUCCGCAUUCCGAGCUGCUAAACCUGUUUCAAGACCGACGCCCGUCCUCCGCAGACAAUUUCACAGACCUGUCCCACAAUGGCAAUCGACGAGCUCGUAUGUCGCCGGACAAGUUCGCUUCUACAGCGACAAGACUCAGGAGCUCGAGCGGAAAGUUCAAGAAGCCAAAAGCCGUAUCGAUGAGAGCUUGGACUCAAAAGUAGAGAUUGCUGCCGACGCAGACACGAAAUUGAACGAUGCACAAGAAGCGACAAUAGUCAAGACAGACCCUGUGGCUUCGUCGAUAGUCGAGCCGUCCCCUGGAGGAAGCCAAGAUAGCGUACAGUCCGAGGAUGCAAUACGGAGGUCGGAGCAGCACGAUCCCUCGGCCAACCCCUCCGGCCAAUCCACAGCAGAAACCCUCCGCGCCCGCUUCGGCCAUUUCAUGGACAACUUCCAAUCCCACCUCUUCAUCGCCUCGCGCCGCCUGAAUGACCUGACGGGCUACUCGACCAUUGAAGCGCUCAAGAACGACAUUUCCUCCCAGGAGGCCCUCGUCGCCAAGGCGCGUGCCGAAGUGACCGCUGCCCGUGCCCGCUACUCGGCCGCCAUCGCCACGCGCUCCACCACACAGCGUGAGGUCAAUGACCUGCUGCACCGGAAGCACGCGUGGACGCCCACAGAUCUCGAACGCUUCACAAAUCUCUACCGCAGCGACCACGCCAACGAGCUGGCAGAGGUCGCCGCGCAGAAGGAGGUCGCCGACGCCGAGGCACGCUAUGAAGAGGGUAGCACGAAGCUGGGGCGCGCCAUCCUGGCGCGGUACCACGAGGAGCAGGUUUGGAGCGACAAGAUACGGCAGAUGAGUACAUGGGGUACGUGGGGACUCAUGGGAUUGAACGUGCUGCUGUUCGUGGUAUUUCAGAUUCUCAUCGAGCCUUGGAGAAGGAAGAGACUAGUAAGGGGCUUCGAGGAGAAGGUGGAGCUUGCUCUACAGGAGCGGGACGCCCAGUUGGCGGGAUUGCAGAAAACAGUCGACUCACACGCCGCGGCUACAGCGAAAGCGGCCGGGUCGAAAGACGCGGUACCCACGCCGGAGGCUGUGCCCACGAAGGCGGUAGCUGUGGCAGAGACGAUCGCCGAGCAGCUUGUCGAUGCGAUCAGCGGCGCUUCACCUGGCUCAAACGAGGCAGAAGCAGUGCCCUCCAGUUCACGGGCGGAUAUUGAAACGGCAACGGAGGUGGUCGCAGCAGACGAGAUCAGUCUAGACGCCAAAGCAUAUCCCACACCCUCGGCGUCCUCGGAGGGUGUGUUUGCGUCUACCGCAUCGGGAUAUGCGUAUUACGCCGACGCGUUCCGGGAGCUCUGGAGUGAAGAUCGUCUCGUCGUGUUGACGCAGCGAGAAAUGACGACGCUCGUACUCGAGGGCGCUGUUGGCGGAGCAGCACUGAUGGGCCUAAUCAUGGCGCUGCUGCGACCGCGGUGA